AUGCUUUUCCUUUCCCUCAUCAUUGCCCUGGUUGGGCUGGUUGGAAAUGGCAUAGUUCUGUGGUUUCUGGGAUUCCACAUGCGCAGGAAUGCCUUCUCUGUCUACAUCCUCAACCUGGCCGGGGCUGACUUCUUCUUCCUCUGCUUUCAAAUUGUAUAUUGUAUUCAUACUAUUUUGUAUUUCUUCAACUUCAAGACCAUUGACUUGCCUCUGUUUUCUUUUGUUGUGUCAAACUCUGCUUAUCUUUGUGGCCUGAGCAUGCUCAGUGCCAUUAGCAUUGAAAGGUGCCUAUCUGUCAUGUGGCCUAUCUGGUAUCGCUGCCAUCGCCCAAGGCACACAUCAGCUGUCAUAUGUACCCUGCUUUGGUUUUUGUCCCUGCUGUUAAGCCUCCUGGAAGGGAAAGAAUGUGGCUUGUUAUUUGAUAGUCUUGGCCCUAGUUGGUGUAAGACAUUUGAUUUCAUCACUGCUGCAUGGUUAAUUGUUUUAUUUGUGGUUCUCUUGGGGUCCAGUCUGGCCUUAAUGGUUACUAUAUUCUGUGGCUCACAGAGGAUUCCUGUGACCAGGCUGUAUGUGACCAUUGUGUGCACAGUUCUGGUCUUCCUGCUCUUUGGUUUGCCCUAUGGGAUCUACUGGUUCCUCUUAUCAUGGAUUGACAAUUUUCAAUCUGUAAUGCUUUGUAAUUUUUAUCCAGUGACAAUAUGUCUGUCCUGUUUUAACAGCUGUGCCAAUCCCAUCAUUUACUUCCUUGUUGGCUCUAUCAGGCAUCGUAGGUUCCAGAGAAACACUCUCAAGCUACUUCUGCAGAGAGCCAUGCAGGACACUCCUGUGGAGGAAGAAAGUGGAGAGGGGGAUUCUUCAGGAAGAUCUAGGGAAAUGAAAACAGUCUUGCAGUGA